CUUGGUAGUUGUUCUGUAGAUUUUUGCGUCUCUUUGUAGUUGUUUUCGGUUUCUUUGAAGUCUUUUCGUAGUUGUGUUGUUUAUAUGAUAGGUAUUAUAUGAUAAAAAGAAAAUGUUUGUCAAACCACAUCAGCCAGUAAUAAUAUUUUCAUAAUGAUGCUAAGUAGUAGUAAAAGCUUAAUAUUGCCUUUGAUGUGGGUAGUUAGCUCCCCCUUGAUGCUGCUGGUUGAACGUUACAUCAUAGCUGCAGUGUGUUUACAUCUUGCUGGUUGUGUUUUAAUCCUGUUUCAUGAUUAUCUCUUCAUGUUCAUGUUUGUGUCUCUGCAGAAUGCGACGUUUGUUGACAGUGACGCUGCUGCUGCUCGUGGCUCUGACGCUCCCCACCGAGGCCACUAGAAGAGCCAAGAACCACAAAGGUGGGAAACAUGAGAAGACUCGGCCGGCUUCAGAAUGCUCCGCUGCAGAGACUCAGUACGGGAAAUGUGUCCCUGAACACGGAGACUGUGGAGACGGUCUGAGAGAGGCCACCUGUAGAGACCAGACCGACAAGAUCCACUGCAAGAUCCCCUGUAACUGGAAGAAGGACAUCAGUGACUGUAAGUAUAAGUUCGGUCCGUGGGGAUCCUGCGACGUCGACACCAACACCAAGAGCCGGUCAGGAACCCUGAAGAGAGUGCUGUUCAACGCCGAGUGUCAACCCACCGUCAAGGUGUCCAAACCCUGCUCCCCCAAAGUGAAGAAGACCAGAGGGGAGAAGAAGUCAAACUGAAGGAUGAACAGAAGAAGACGGAUUUCUUCCUCCUCCUCUUCUCUUCUUCAUCAAAAGAAGAACGAGACUCCAAAACCUUUGAUUCUCUUUUGACUUCUUCUGAUUUGAUGUAUUUGUGUUUCUUUGGGUUAAAGUAAGGAGAGCUUUUCUCUAGAUGAUAAUACUAAUAACGAUGAUAAAUAUUAACUGUGUCCUUGUAGCUCGUAGUUAGUUGAACAGUACACGUAGUCCUCACAGCUUUUUACAGCAACUGAUGUUAAAUUAACAUCCAUCCAUUCUGAACCAGUUUUAAAAUAUGUACAAAAUUAGAAAUGAAUCUGUAACGGAAAAAUAAAAAUCCUCUAUGAAAUCUAUUUUUUUGAACUAUAGAUGAUUGACGUAAGAUGAGAACACAAUAAAUACUGAACGUUG